AACGAACGCUCUGGUUGGAUAAACCUAGGAAAUGACGCAUGUUAUUUCAUCCGCGGCGCGUUCCGUAGCAGACUUUCGUGUUUAUUAAAGGCAGCAAGCACAGCACAUCCACCCCAAGUCGGAUAAUAUUUAAUAAUGACAUUCCUUCUCAGACGAACUUUGUCAAGUCACUUGCGGAUAGGCACUAUCUACAACGUGUCAAAUCUUCAAGCCGCUUUUACUUUGCACCCUAGAAUGACAAUGUCCUCACAGCAGAUAGCUACCGAAAAAGGACGAUCGUUUCCCACGAGUGGAUUUAAAGCUAUUGAGUCUAAUCUGUUAAUUGAAGAGGAAGAAUUGCCUGAUUACCGAGCUGAUCGAUUCUAUCCUGUUCAUCUGGGUGACAUUUUCCAGAAACGCUACCAAGUAGUUGCAAAACUUGGUUUUGGCACUUCAUCAACCACUUGGUUAGCUCGGGAUUUGAAAGACCGUCUCUAUGUUGCUCUGAAGGUGUGUGUAAGUACGUCAUUAGUCCAUCGUGAACUUCCGUUUUACAAUCAUAUCGGCGUCUGUAUGGCAAGCAGUACACAUCGUGGUCGAAGUAACAUCCGAAGACUGAUGGACUCGUUCGAAAUUGUCGGUGAACAUGGCAAGCAUACGACCCUUGUCUUUGAGGCUGCACAGAUGAGCCUGCGUGAUAUGAAGUUGGUCUUUCGGCCCGAAGGGUUCGACGAAGAUUUUGUUCGCGGUGCCAUUAUUGAGCUUCUUGAAGCUUUAGAUUUCCUUCACACCCAGGGAGAAGUUGUUCAUACCGAUAUACACCCAGGCAAUAUGCUUCUAGGUCUUUAUGAUAAUGAUUUGAUGCAAAAGCUUGAAGAAAAAGAAUUCACGUCUCCCGUACCUCGCAAGGCAGUGUCAUCUACUCGGACAAUUUAUCUUUCGCGCUUGAUGCGCCCCAAGGAAGGUCCAAUGUUAUUAUCUGAUUUCGGUGAAGCUAGAAUUGGCCCAGGGCCACACGGUGGUGAUAUAAUGCCACUGGAGUACCGGGCUCCGGAGACAUUGCUUUAUAUAGGGUGGAGCUAUCCGGUCGAUAUCUGGAGUGUUGGCUUGACGGCAUGGGACCUUCUUGAGUCAAAAAGACUCUUCACGGCGCGUGAUGAAGAUGGCGAUCUAUACGACGCUGCUCAUCUUUCCCAGCUUAUUGCCACGUUGGGCCCACCACCACCCGAAUUUCUAGCUAGGAAUCCGCGAAGAAGAGCUGACUUUUGGGACGAACAAGGGAACUGGCUGGGUCUUGCACCUAUCCCGAAGUUGCGGACAAUGGAAGCUCUUGAGACUCGAUUGCAGGAUAAGUCAGGAUUUCUUCGAUUCAUUCGAAGAGCUCUGACCUGGAUGCCAGAGAAGAGAGCGACAGCAAAGGAACUCUUGCAAGACCCUUGGUUGACGGCUGGAGAGCAUAAGGCAUAGGUUGAUAUCAAGCAAGCAACCCACGUAUAUGUGUAUAUACCUGUCACAAGUUUUAUCACAUACCAGAGUCAUACUCCAAACUCAUUCCGUUCAUUCUCAGGAUAGCAAGAAGCCAUCAAUUAGGUUAAGCUCGAGUAGAUUGGAGCUAGUUAAAAGAUAAUAAUACCAUGUCAUUGGGAUUUCGGCUAGUACUCCAUGCAGAAGAGCGGUAACGGC